GCCUAAAUCAGUCGGAAUAUAAAAUGAAGUUUUUAAUAUUCACGUGUUUUUUAAUGAUUUCAGGAAUAAGCUAUAAUUCUGCAGAAAUUAAUAAACGGUCAGUUAUAAAAAGGGUAAUAAGAAGUACAAUCGGACAAAUUACCACUGCCUACACAGAACAGUUAAAAACCUAUAUAAUAGCCAAUUGUGUUGAGAAUGGAUUUGCAGAUAUUGAAGAAGAUUUACGGAAAACAUUCACAGAACUCGAAAAAUGUAUUCAAACCAAACAAAUAUACUUACACACUAAGGAAGAAUAUUUAGAAAAUGUGGAAGAAUGCAGUAAAGAACCAAUUAAGAAAGUGAAAGGUUGUUUAACAAAGGAGCAAGGUUAUUUUCCCUAUUUUCUUUUGAACAUUGCCAGGAAACAAGUCGAAUUAGUGUAUAAGGAUCGUGAAAUAAUAACUGUUUAUAUGGCCCCAUGUAUGAAGGUGUUUGAAAGAACUGAAGUGUCAUAUGGAUAUAUUAAAUGUUUAGAAGAUUCUUCCAGAAAAACUAAUGACACUGCUAGAAUUCCAAACUCUGUUGACCAGUUUUGCUCGCGAUUUCUACCUGCUUUACACUGCCUGACAGAUAUUAUUGAUAGAGAAUGUGGGCAAGAUCCAAAAGUUAAAUUAUAUAGUGAAGAUCAUCUUCGUGCGAAUGAAUACCCCUGCCAGCAGAAAUACGAUUAGCUUUAACUAUUAAGUGAAUCAAAUUACUGACCAGAUAUAUUUUACAUUUUGAUAUAUAAAUAAUAAAUAACUGUUAUUUUUA